UACUCCCUGUUGCAUUCGCAUUAGUCAAGGGUGAGAAUGCUGAGUCGUGGUUCUUCUUUCUCUCCCACCUGCGUGAGCAUGUGACACCGCAGCCGGGUCUGCUGGUUAUCUCAGACAGGCAUAACGGCAUCAAGGCCGCGCUUGAGGCUCCUGACGGAGGCUGGUUACCUCCGUCUGCAUGCCGGGCAUUCUGCAUUCGACAUGUUGCGGCAAAUUUCGCCCUCACCUUCAAGGGCAAAGAUGCAAGGAGGCUACUUGUGAAUGUGGCGCACGCUAAAACCGAGGUCGAGUUCCAUUACUAGUUUGAUAUUCUUAGGUCCGAAGACCCGGCGAUGUGUGACUGGGCGAACCGGAUUGAGUAUUCGUUGUGGACACAGCAUUGUGAUGAGGGGCGUAGAUUCGGACACAUGACGACAAAUAUAUCUGAGUGUGUGAACUCGAUCCUCAAGGGUGUCAGAAACCUUCCUGUGUGCUCGCUAGUGAAGGCAACAUACGGAAGGUUGGCCGAAUUAUUUGUUCGCAAAGGGAGAGAGGCUGAGGCACAGAUGGGAACCGGACAACAAUUUAGUCAGCACUUGGUGAAGUGUAUAGAGGCCAACUUGAAGACGGCUAGGUGCUUCAUGGUUACUGUGUACGACAGGGAUAACUCCGAGUUCACCGUCGCAGAGACAACUUCGACUGGUUCUUUCUCACUGGGUAGCUACAGAGUCUCGCUUGCAUCUCACACAUGUGACUACGGAUACUUCCAGGCACUUCAUUUCCCGUGUCCCCACGCACUGGCAUGCUGUGCCUACUCACGGCUUACAUGGGAGCCUUACGUCCACCAGGUGUAUCGUCUUAGUUCAGUCUUCAGUGUGUAUCAGAUGGGUUUCACACCUCCCAUUCCAGAGGGUUUCUGGCCACCAUAUGACGGGCCGACUGUCAUCCCUGACCCCAAUAAGAGGCGUGCGAGAGAGGGUCGUCCCAGGUCCACUCGGAUACGGACCAAUAUGGACGAGGCAGAUCCGAACCGGCCAAAGAGAUGUGGGCUUUGUCGGCAGCCCAGCCACACACGUCGAAGUUGCCCACAGCUCGGAGGAGCAGAGCACACACGGGGACAUGAUUAGGUGUAUUGGUGGCUUUGGUACUUUUGUUAUUUCAAUUUUGCGUUUAGAUUCCACUAUUAUCGGUUUUCUUACUUGUAGUUGGUGACUGAUAGAAUUUGUUAACGUUAGUGCGAUGUACUUUGAAUGGGAUUUUAGUUAAUGAAUAUGUUCUGUCUCCGCAGUUUUAAACGAAAUGUAUGUCUAAUUCACACCGGAAUAAAUAACUGUACGAGUUUUAUUAAGACAUGAUGCGAAAACUAUGUUCGUAACUUAAAUUGCUGUGUGGAACAAAUUCUGAGUAAUUCGAACCAUAUUAGUUUGAAUUACUUGGUGACUAUUUCUUCAGUGUAAUUCGAACCUAUUUGGUUCGAAUUAUGAAGUUAGAGUUCGAACCAAAUUGGUUCGAAUUAUGUGGCUAUGGGUUAUAUGUGUAAUUCGAACCUAUUUGGUUCGAAUUAUUUGGAAAGUGAGUUCGAACCAUAUUGGUUCAAACUACAUAGAAAUGUGCUUUGGUUGAUUGAUGAAUCAGAUUUUGCUUUGGCUUAUUCGUGUCAAAUUGUUCUCCCUUUGGCUUGUUUACGUUUUUUACCCU